UCCGCGUAAUGUGGUUUUGGUCAAGUUGGAGCAAAAAUAUUUUAGUAUUAAUUGCAAUAGACGUGACAGCAUUAAGAUAAACAGAGUUAAGUUAUUUCAGGAAAAGAUCUGAUCACUAGAAGUGCAAAGAACGGUUUAGUUUUUUGUCUAUGCGGUCACUUUAUUGUAGAUCUACACUUUAAAUUCGUUUAAUAUCUAAUAUUGUGAUGAAUGGUUCUGCUGCACAAUGUAUGAGUGGGGAUGGAGCAGCAAAUGGAGAGAAAGUCGCAAUACUCGAUGCUGGUGCACAGUAUGGGAAGGUGAUUGACAGGAAGGUUCGGGAACUGAACGUAGAGUGUGACAUUCUUCCGCUGGACACGCCAGCAUUCACACUGAAAGAAAAACACUACAAAGCGAUAAUAAUAUCGGGAGGCCCAAGUUCUGUCAAUGACACGGACGCUCCAUUGUACGAUGCCGACAUCUUCAACUGUGGCUUACCACUGCUUGGGAUAUGUUACGGCCUUCAGAUGUUGAAUAAAGAGCAUGGCGGAACUGUGACAAAAAGCAGUGCGCGGGAAGAUGGUCAGUUUGAUAUUACUGUUGACACAAAGUGCCUUCUUUUCAAAGGUUUAUCAAAAUCCCAGUCUGUGCUACUGACACAUGGAGACAGUAUUGAUGCCGUCGCUAAAGGAUUCACUGCUGUCGCUCACUCGGGCAAGUUAGUAGCAGCGAUGGCGAAUGAGAAGAAGAAACUGUACGGGGUCCAGUUUCACCCGGAAGUUGAUCUCACGGUGAACGGGGUACAGAUGUUACACAACUUCCUGUUCGUAGUUGCCGGCUGUACGGGCACCUACACGAUGAAGUCACGGGAAACGACCUGCAUCGAAGAGAUUAAACAAGUUGUCGGGGACCACAAAGUUUUGAUGUUACUAAGUGGCGGUGUGGAUUCGACAGUGUGUGCUGCGUUACUGCACAAAGCUUUACAGCAGGACCAGGUAAUCGCAAUUCACAUAGACAAUGGAUUCAUGCGCAAAAACGAGAGUCGCCAGGUUGAAGAGUCAUUGUGUGGUAUAGGACUGAAGGUCAAAGUUAUACAGGCAGCUCAUACGUUUUACAAUGGAACAACCACAGUGGCCAUCGACAAAAAUAAUCCUAAUUCAAGAAAAAGAAAAACAAAUACGUUGAAUACAACCACGAACCCAGAAGAGAAAAGAAAAAUUAUUGGAGAUACUUUUAUGAAGGUGGCAAAUGAAAUAGUUGAAAAUAUGAAUCUCAAACCACAAGAUGUUUAUUUAGGUCAAGGUACUUUGCGGCCUGACCUUAUAGAAAGUGCUUCCUGUCUAGCAAGUGGAAAAGCGGAUGCAAUUAAAACUCACCACAAUGAUACAGAAUUAGUGAGAGAACUUCGCAAGCAGGGUAGGGUGGUGGAGCCACUGAAGGAUUUCCACAAGGACGAGGUGCGACAGAUCGGUCGAGAUCUCGGGCUUCCUCUAGAGUUAGUACAGAGGCAUCCAUUUCCUGGUCCAGGCCUGGCUAUCCGAGUUAUAUGUGGAGAGGAACCGUUCAUGGAGAAAGGUUACGCUGAAACCAACAUCCUGCUGAAGAUUAUUGUAGAUUUUGCACAAUUUUUGAAAAAACCUCAUUCUAUGAUCCACCAAGUGAAGAUGUCAUCGACGGACGAGGAGCAGCAGAAGAUGGAAAUAAUCUCGUCUAGGUGUCAGCUCUGUGCCACGUUGUUGCCUGUCAAAUCCGUCGGUGUACAGGGAGACUGUAGAUCGUACAGCUAUGUUGCGGGUAUCUCUACAAACGGUGAUGUCAGAUGGCAGGAUUUGAUCGAACUUGCCAAAAUCAUACCUCGAAUCUGUCACAGUAUUAAUAGAGUUGUGUAUAUAUUUGGUGGUGCCGUUACAUAUCCAAUUGAAGACAUCACCCCAACCUAUUUAACGGAAGGUGUUCUCAGCACCUUACGACAAGUGGACUACCUCGCAACGAAGAUAUUACACGACUCAGGGGAGUCGAAUCACGUGAGCCAGAUGCCCGUGGUAUUGACCCCGCUUCACUUCAACCGUGACCCCGUCAUGCAUCAGCCAUCGUGUCAGAGGUCGGUUGCGUUGCGGACGUUUAUCACCAAUGAUUUUAUGACUGGGAUACCAGCGGUGCCUGGGCAGCAUAUUCCUGUAGAGGUUGUGAACAAGAUGGUAGACGCGAUAAUGACUGUGCCGGGAAUCUCACGGGUCAUGUAUGACUUGACGGCGAAACCUCCAGGAACCACAGAAUGGGAGUGACGGCCAAGUUGUGCGUGCGUGUCUAGACAACCAUAACUAUUACUGUAGACUUUAUGGCAAAACUGCUGUAUGAAUGAGAACAGAAGUGGCAAGAGGAAGAGAUUCUCAUUAAACCCAGAACCAUUUGAAUCUUAAGAAAAAACCUCAUAUUGUCCUGUGUCUAAGUUAUCAGGGUUUUAGAUUGCACCAAAGUCAAGGCAUCAGACGUUGUGCCCAAAAUAUGUAUGCUCUUGUGUACCAAAUUACGUUUUAUAAAGACCUUAGAUUACAUGAAAGUCAAGGCAUCAAACGUUGUGCCCAAAAUAUGUAUGCUCUUGUGUACCAAGUUACGUUUUUAUAAAGACUUUAGAUUACAUUAAAGUCAAGGCAUCAAACGUUGUGCCCAAAAUAUGUAUGCUCUUGUGUACCAAGUUACGUUUUAUAAAGACUUUAGAUUACAUUAAAGUCAAGGCAUUGAACGUUGUGCCCAAAAUAUGUAUGCUUCUGUGCCCAAGUUAUCAGAGUUAUAGAUUGCAUCAAAGUCAAGGCAUCAAAUUUUGUGCCCAAAAUAUGUAUGCUCUUGUGUACCAAGUUACGUUUUAUAAAGACUUAGAUAGACGUUGUGCCCAAAAUAUAUAUGCUCUUGUAUACCAAGUUAUGUUUUAUAAAGACCUUAGAUUACAUGAAAGUCAAGGCAUCAAACGUUGUGCCCAAAAUAUAUAUGCUCUUGUGUACCAAGUUACGUUUUAUAAAGACCUUAGAUUACAUGAAAGUCAAGGCAUCAAACCUUGUGCCCAAAAUAUGUAUGCUCUUGUGUACCAAGUUAAUUUUUUAUAAUGACUAGAUUACAUUAAAGUCAAGGCAUCAAAUGUUGUGCCCAAAAUAUGUAUGCUCUUGUGUACCAAGUUACGUUUUAUAAAGACUUUAGAUUACAUUAAAGUCAAGGCAUUGAACGUUGUGCCCAAAAUACUUAUGCUUCUGUGCCCAAGUUAUCAGAGUUAUAGAUUGCAUCAAAGUCAAGGCAUCAAAUUUUGUGCCCAAAAUAUGUAUGCUCUUGUGUACCAAGUUACGUUUUAUAAAGACUUAGAUUACAUCAAAGUCAAGGCAUCAAACGUUGUGCCCAAAAUAUUUAUGCUUCUGUGCCUAAGUUAACUUUCAUCAGGGCUUUAAAUUACACUAAAGUCAGGACAUCAGACUUUGUGCCCAAAAUAAUUUAGUUCCUGUAUCCAAGUUAAAUUUCAUCAGAGCUUUAGAUUGCACUGAAGUCGAGGCAUCAAACUUUGUGCCCAAAAUAUGUAUGCUUCUGUGUACCAAGUUAUGUUUUAUAAAGGCUUCAAAUUACAACAAAGUCAAUGCAACAGAUGUUAUGCCCAAAAUACUCAUGAUCGAAAUAAGCGUGCCCAAAAUUAGAAGCAUGAUGACCUAGAAACAAUUCACUUAAAAACCACGGAAAUGUCGAGCUUUAACUAGAUUAUAAUAACUUGAAAUGCAUUUUUGAAUAAGGUUGUUGUGCACUGGCUGGAGCAAGAAAUAGCCCAAUACCUGGCAUGGUUAUACUACCAGUGGUUUGAUUGGGCGAAUGAAAGGACGUCGGGGAGCAAUAUUUCACUUUAACAGUCGCUCUUCAGAACUUCAUGUUAUUCCAAAUCAGUAGGCAAAUUGUGACGGGGUCUAGGGGCAACUUCGAUUGAAUGCACACUGCUGUCCCAAAGUAAUUUUGAUGGGUGUAUUGAGUUGGCGCUGCCUUCAGUUAACUACCAAAGUUCAAUUUUAUGAUUAAGUUGUUUAAAAAAGAAAUCAACAACAUGAACACAAUAAAACUAUUGUUUGUUUAAUAAAUGUAUUGUUUCUUUAUUAAAUCUAUUGUUUAGUUAUUACCUGUAAAUCAUUACACAAUGCCAUGAAGCAAAUAACCGUCUGUUACCAGAGUACACCGGUAUUUAAUUUAUUUAAAACACCUGUUGGUGAGUUAUUUUUGAUAACACAUACUAAUAACACAUGUGUGAUAACUAUUUAAAGACAUACGAUUGGCUGAUCAUAGGUGAUGACCAGGCCUGGUGCUGAUAAAACUUUAAUAGAGUCCGAGACGUGAAUGUCAUGACAAUGCCAUACAAAUUAUAUGCAUGUGAUGUUGUUAGAGAUCGAGUCUGGACUCUUAAAAGUUUUAUAAGCAAGGGCACUUGUUGCCACAAUGGGCCCUUAUGUUAGGCAGGGCAUCAUACACCAUAACCUUUCAUAAAGCUUUUCUUAUAAAAUAAACUAGAUAUUAUGAAACUUGCCCAAAAAGAACAUGCAGUUAUUUCACUGGAAUAAAACCUUGUGUGUGCAUCAUGAUCAUAAACAGGGCAUUAUAAUUUGUACACCAUGGCUUUUGAUAAAGCUCAUGUUACAAAAUAUUCUGGAGAUGAUGUCUCGUUUAGUUUUCAAGUGCAAUUUAUUAUUAAAGUUGUGCGAGUUUUUGUGUUCUUAAAAGAGUGUGUGUGUGCAUGUGUGUGUGUGUGUGUGUGUGCGUGUUUUAACAACCAUAGAGCACCAAUUUUCUAUGAUAUGGCUUUAUUAUUAUAUUGAAUAAAAUAUUGUGAUCUUU